CGUCCCCCACCCCCCCUCCCGCCGCCGCCACCACCGCCGCGUCGCCCCAAACCCUAGCCGCCCCCGCCCCCGCCGCCGACGCAGCCGGCGCGGAGGCCGCCGCCGCCACCAUGGAGGACGUGUGCGAGGGGAAGGACUUCUCCUUCCCGUUGGAGGAGCAGCGCGUCCUCGAGCUGUGGGCGCGGCUCGACGCGUUCCACGAGCAGCUGCGCCGCACGGAGGGCGGGGAGGAGUUCAUCUUCUACGACGGGCCGCCCUUCGCGACGGGCCUGCCCCACUACGGCCACAUCCUCGCCGGCACCAUCAAGGACGUGGUGACCCGGCACCAGUCGAUGCGGGGCCGCCACGUGAUGCGGCGCUUCGGGUGGGACUGCCACGGCCUCCCCGUCGAGUUCGAGAUCGACAAGCUCCUCGGCAUCACCAACCGCCAGCAGGUGCUCGACCUCGGCAUCGGCAAGUACAACGAGACCUGCCGCGGCAUCGUCACCAAGUACGUCGCCGAGUGGGAGGCCGUCGUCACGCGCACGGGCCGGUGGAUCGACUUCAAGGCCGACUACAAGACCAUGGACAUCAACUUCAUGGAGAGCGUCUGGUGGGUCUUCGGCCAGCUCUGGGACAAGGACCUUGUCUACAAGGGCUUCAAGGUGAUGCCUUACAGCACAGGUUGCAAAACUGCACUAUCAAACUUCGAGGCAGGCCUGGACUAUAGGACUGUCCCGGACCCAGCAGUGAUGGUGUCUUUCCCUGUCGUUGGUGAUGCGGACAAUGCAGCUCUUGUUGCAUGGACUACAACGCCUUGGACACUCCCAAGCAACCUAGCAUUGUGUGUCAAUGCCAAUCUUGUGUAUGCCAAGGUUAAGGACAAGUCAAAUGGAACAGUAUACAUCGUUGCAGAAAGUAGGCUUGGGCAGUUGCCAGUUAAAGCCAAAGCUUCUGGAAAGAAACAAGCACCUUCUAAGGGAAGCAAUGCUGAAGCUGUCCAGGGUGGUUUGGAUACCGAAUCAUACGAAUUAUUGGCAAAGAUUCCUGGCUCAAGCCUAGUAGGCCUAAAAUACACUCCUCUGUUUGAUUUUUUCUUGGAGUUUCAAGACACUGCCUUUAGGGUGAUUGCCGAUAACUAUGUGACUGAUGAUAGUGGAACUGGUGUUGUCCAUUGUGCUCCUGCAUUUGGUGAAGAUGAUCAUCGCGUUUGCCUUAGUGCUGGGAUAAUUGAGUCUGCUUCCGUCCAGGCUAGUGGACUUGUUGUUGCUGUUGAUGAUGAUGGUCACUUCAUUGAGAAGAUAUCUCAGUUCAAAGGGCGACAUGUCAAAGAGGCUGACAAGGAUAUCAUCAAUGCUGUUAAGGAUAAAGGAAGACUUGUUAGCAAAGGGAGCAUUGAGCACUCUUAUCCAUAUUGUUGGCGCUCGGGCACUCCUCUUAUUUACCGGGCUGUUCCAAGCUGGUUUAUCAAGGUUGAAAAGAUCAGGGAUCAGUUACUAGAAUGCAACAAGGAGACCUACUGGGUUCCAGAUUAUGUGAAGGAAAAGAGAUUCCAUAACUGGCUAGAAGGUGCUAGGGACUGGGCUGUUAGCAGAAGUAGAUUCUGGGGUACUCCACUUCCAGUGUGGAUCAGCCAAGACGGUGAAGAAAUUGUAGUUAUGGAUUCCAUUGAGAAACUUGAAAGAUUAUCUGGCGUCAAGGUUAACGAUCUUCACCGCCAUCAUGUUGAUGAUAUUACAAUUCCUUCUAGCAGAGGACCGGAGUUUGGGGUUCUCAAGCGCGUUGAGGAUGUUUUUGACUGCUGGUUUGAGAGUGGGUCCAUGCCAUAUGCCUACAUUCAUUAUCCAUUUGAGAAUCGUGAACUAUUUGAGAAGAAUUUCCCUGGCAACUUUGUGGCCGAGGGUUUGGACCAAACACGUGGAUGGUUUUAUACUUUGAUGGUGUUAUCAACGGCAUUAUUUGGGAAGCCUGCUUUUAAGAAUCUUAUAUGCAAUGGUCUUGUUUUGGCAGAGGAUGGGAAGAAAAUGAGCAAGAGUAAACAGAAUUACCCUUCACCUAUGGAAGUCAUUGAUGAAUACGGAGCGGAUGCUUUAAGACUGUAUUUGGUGAAUUCUCCAGUUGUACGCGCGGAGUCUCUACGAUUUAAAAGGAUUGGUGUUUUUGGGGUUGUGAAAGAUGUCUUCCUCCCGUGGUAUAAUGCUUAUAGAUUUCUUGUCCAAAACGCAAAGAGGCUUGAAGUUGAGGGUUUGACAGCAUUUUCUCCAAUUGAUCAAGCUUCACUUCGGAAGUCAUCCAAUGUAUUAGAUCACUGGAUACAUUCUGCAACUGAAAGUCUGGUUAGCUUUGUUCAUCAGGAGAUGGAUGCAUAUCGGCUUUACACGGUUGUGCCAUAUUUGGUAAAAUACAUUGACAAUCUUACCAAUAUAUAUGUGCGCUUCAACCGCAAACGGUUAAAAGGACGUACUGGAGAAGAAGACUGCAAAAUUUCUCUUUCAACUCUCUACCAUGCACUUGUAACUACUUGUGUGGCGAUGGCUCCAUUUACGCCCUUCUUUACUGAAGUUCUUUACCAAAAUCUGCGGAAAGCGUCAAGUAAAUCAGAGCAGAGCAUUCAUUUUUGCAGUUUCCCUUCCACAACCGGGGAGAGAGAUGAGCGUGUUGAGCGAAGUGUAACUAGGAUGAUGACCAUCAUUGAUCUUGCGCGCAAUAUUCGGGAACGGCACAGCAAAGCUCUCAAAACACCACUGAAGGAGAUGGUGGUUGUUCACCCUGACAGUGAAUUUCUUGAAGACAUCACUGGAAAACUGAAAGAGUAUGUCAUGGAGGAGAUGAAUGUUAAGACUGUGACUCCAUGUAAUGAUCCCAUGAAGUACGCUUCUCUGCGGGCAGAACCCAAUUUUAGUGUGCUAGGUAAAAGACUAGGAAAGGACAUGGGCAAAGUAUCAAAUGAAGUGAAGAAAAUGACCCAGGAGCAAAUCUUAGCCUUUGAGCAAAGCGGAGAGAUUUCGUUCCUUGGUCAUUGCCUGACGCUAGACGAUAUUAAGGUGGUCCGACAGUUCAAGCGUCCUGUGGAUGUAUCAGAGAAGGAAAUUGAUGCCGCGGGAGAUGGUGAUGUGUUGGUCAUUUUGGAUCUCAGAGCCGAUCAAUCAUUGAUUGAAGCUGGAGUGGCUCGAGAGGUUGUAAACAGAAUCCAGAAAUUAAGGAAGACUGCUCAGCUUGAACCUACAGACUUAAUUGAUGUGUACUACGAGUCUGUAGACAACAGCAAUACACUUGAAGAAAUUUUACAGUCACAGGAUCAGUAUGUUAGGGAUGUGCUUGGUAAUUCACUAGUUCCAAAGGCAGCGGCAACAUCAGAUAUGGUCGUUAUCUGCGAGGAGUCUCAUACUGUACAUGACAUGUCAUUUGUCAUCUACAUUGCAAGAUGCAUGCCUGUGCUCGCAGCUGAUCUCCUUUCCUAUGCCUCAGGCAACAGUGACCACGUUGAGGCGUUAAGAGUGUAUUUGUUGUCAAGGUCCAUUUCCAGAUUGAAGAAUGAAUUCCAGACUGGAAAUGGCAAGAUUACGGUAAAGUGCAUCGAAGGCUAUCCCCCAAUUGAUCUGCAGCUAGGGAAGCAUAUUUUCCUUAGCGCUGGUGAUUUUUACCAGGCUAAUCGCUCUUGAUUUUUGUCUCUGAGCAUCCCAGUUUUGAGUAGUUUUGUCAUUUUCAACCGCAGUUCAUUCUAAUCAGGCUGAUUCUGUUUGUGCCUCACAAAAGCAAUGUAUUUACUUACAUGUGCUGCCAAGGAUCGAAGGGAAAGGAAAUUGUCAAUUGUGUAUUCAGAGACUCAUGUGUAUGAAGUAUUACAGUGUGCUCGUGUUAUUACACAUUGCAAAUAACAGCUUGCCACAA